AAUGAUCGGCACCGACCGCUUGUAUGGGGGCAUCUCCACUCUCGCCAACACUGCUCUGCUCUGCCGCGCACCAAACCAUCAAAAAGUGCCGUAUCGCCAUUUUUGCCACCUCACCUACCGUUCGCUCCACCAAUAUCUGGCAUCCACCGUUCUUCCACCACUCCACUACAUACUGCCGGCGAUCGAGACCCGAGAGCGAAGCCUCGAAGCGACGGCACGAGCGAGCUAGCCCACGAACGACCGAAUACGCGACGCGACCAGAAGAGCUCAGCUAGCUCGUCCCAAUGGCGGCGACGGGCGGCUCGGACGAGGAGGUGUACUUCGACUUCUUCCCGCUCGUCCGCCAGUACAAGAGCGGCCGCGUGGAGCGCUUCUUCAACUUCCCCCCGAUCCCGGCCGGCGUCGACCCCGCCACGGGCGUCACCUCCAAGGACGUCGUCAUCGACCCGGCCAACGGCCUCUGGGCGCGCGUCUUCCUCCCGCCCGGCGCCGCCGGCAGGCUCCCCGUCCUCGUCUACUUCCACGGCGGCGCCUACGUCAUCGGCUCCGCGUCCGACCCCAUGACGCACAACUACCUCAACGGCCUCGUCGCCGCGGCCAACGUCCUCGCGGUGGCGCUAGAGUACCGCCUCGCGCCGGAGCACCCGCUCCCCGCGGCCUACGACGACUCCUGGGAGGGGCUCAAGUGGGUGGCGUCCCACGCCGCGGGCGGCGGAGCCGCCGCCGAGCCGUGGCUGGUCGACCACGGCGACUUCUCCCGCGUGUUCCUGGCGGGCGGCAGCGCCGGGGGCACCAUCGCGCACGUCAUGGCCGUGCGCGCCGGCGAGCAGGGCGCCCUCCCCGGCGGGGUCGGCAUCAAGGGGACCAUCGUGGUGCACCCCUACUUCAGCGGCGCGGCGGAGAUCGGCAAAGAGGCGACCACGGGGAAGGCGGAGAAGGCCAAGGCCGACGCCUUCUGGCGGUUCCUCUACCCGGGCUCGCCGGGGCUGGACGACCCGCUGUCCAACCCGUUCUCCGAGGCGGCCGGCGGCAGCGCGGCGCGCAUCGCCGGCGACCGCGUGCUCGUCUGCGUCGCCGAGAAGGACGGCCUCCGGGACAGGGGCGUCUGGUACUACGAGAGCCUCAAGGCGUGCGGCUACGGCGGCGAGGUGGAGCUGCUCGAGUCCAUGGACGAGGACCACGUCUUCUACUGCAUGAAGCCGCGGUCCGAGAAAGCGAUCGAGUUGCAGGACCGCAUCCUCGGAUUCCUCCGCAAAUGAGCCGCUUCCGCGCACGCCGGCGAGUGAAGGGAAGGGAAGGUUCCCGUGAUGGAAUGAAUAAUUUUACCGCCACUGAUUUUCCUAUGUUUGAGCUUGAGAGAUCUCCCUUUAUUUGUUGUUCCUCGGUUAUGGUCUCGCCGAUGCAGCCGACCGAUGUUUAUCUCAAUACCAUGGCGAAGAGAGCUAGUGGGUUUCUUGACAAUUUGUGCUCAACUUGUUGUUUCAAUCAUCUUUCCUGUCGGUUCAAAAAAAAAAUCAUCUUUCCUGUA